CACAACAGGCCGGAAACAGAGUGUAAGACACAGAUGUGAUCACGGUGAACCCCUGCUCUUGCUUGUCUUUAGUUUUUCACACUUUCAAGUACAUUCUCUUCUUAUUUUUUCACAAAUCGGGGAAACUUAUUUUUAAUAGGAUAACCGUAUCAUUUUUCUGCUACAAACCUUUAAAUAUUUGCAGUGUGACAAAGACAGAUCAAAGAGAGGCGUGGAAAAUCGAGAGGCGGAAAACAGGAGCAGAGGGAGAGAGUGAGAGAGAGAGAGACAGAGGGAGAGAGAGAGGCAAAGGAAGAUGGAGAGCGUUUUAUCGGAUCCGUCAGCCAGCGUGGAAGAAUUGGUGGAAGCCUGCAUCAAAGCUUUCGAUGAUGAAGGAGUGCUAAAGGAUGCCUCAGCGGUGCGGAUGUUUCUCAUGAUGCAUCCCUGGUACAUUUCCUCCACUGACUUCGCCAAGAAACUCCUUCUCAAGUCUCAGAAUUGCUCUGCUGGUUGCCGCUCUCAGAUUUGUCAUCUUGUCAAAUACUGGAUGAGCGAGUUCCCAGCCGAGUUUGACCUGAACCCGGAGCUGGCUGAGCAGAUCCGCUGUCUGAAACAGCUGCUUGAGCAGAACGGUGAUGUGAGGCGUAGUCUACUCAUAGACAUAGACAGUGUCCCAUCAUAUGAGUGGAAGCGGCAGCUGUGCUCGAGUGUUCAGAAGAAGAGUAAGACCUCUCUGCUGUUUGACCACUUGGACUCUUCGACCCUGGCCGAGCACCUGACCUACAUGGAGUACAAAUCCUUCUGCAAGAUCCUGUUCCAGGACUACCACAGCUUUGUGAUGCAGGGCUGCACUGUAGAUAACCCCAUCCUGGAGCGCUUCAUCACCCUUUUCAACAAGGUGUCACAGUGGAUCCAAAUGAUGGUGCUCAGUAAACCUACAGCCCAGCAGAGAGCCACCGUCAUCGGCGACUUCAUUAAAGUGGCUCAGAGGUUGCUGGAGCUGCAGAACUUUAACACUCUAAUGGCAGUGGUAGGGGGACUGAGUAACAGCUCCAUCUCCAGACUAAAAGACACUCAGGCUCUUAUUAGUAGUGAUGCUCGAAAGGUGUUUGAGGGGCUCGUAGAGUUGAUCACGUCCAGUGGGAACUACAGCCGCUAUCGACAGCGCUUUUCAGAGUGCACUGGCUUCCGUUUCCCCAUCCUGGGUGUGCACUUGAAAGACUUGAUCGCUGUUCACGUGGCCCUUUCUGACUGGGCUGACCCAGAGAAAACCCGAGUCAACCUCACCAAGACACAGCAACUCUACACCAUCCUGCAGGAGCUGGCACUGAUCCAGGCCACACCGCCUGAAAUCGAUGCCAACCCAGAUCUCCUCAACCUGCUCAUUGUGUCUCUGGACCAGUACCACACAGAGGAAGAGAUAUAUCAGCUUUCGCUGCAGAGAGAACCACGCAGCCUGAAAUUAUCAGCAUCCAGCUCAAAGCCACAGUCUCCUUUAAUAGAGCAGUGGGCGUCUUCGAUCAAACCCAAGGCUGAUCCAGUGAUCAUCAACAAACACAUAGAGAAGAUGGUGGAGUCUGUAUUUAAAAACUUUGACACGGAUGGGGAUGGCUACAUCACUCAAAAGGAGUUUGAAAGCAUCAGGAACAACUUUCCUUACCUCAGCAAGUUUGAUGACGUUGACCAAAACCAGGAUGGUAGAAUUAGCCGAGAGGAGAUGAUUGAGUAUUUCGCCAAGGCCAACUCCAUGGUGAACUGUAAGAUGGGUUUUGUGCACACAUUCACUGCCAUGAACUGCUUCAAGCCCACAGUCUGCCAGCACUGCUCAGGCAUUAUGUGGGGAUUUUACAAGCAAAGAUACAAAUGCAGAGUGUGUGGGGUUAGCUGUCAUAAGGACUGCUGUGCUCGUUUGGCUGUUGAGUGUCGAAAACGGACAAAAAGUGUCAGCUUUGACAGCAAUGUUCCACGCAUAAGUCGCUCUUUCAGCUUGCCUCCUUCUACUAGACCAAACUCCAAACCUGAGUGUGCAGUCAUCACAGAAGAGACUCAAGAGAAUCUAGACGAGGAGGUGUUUGAUGACUAUCUUUGAGAAGGAACACACUGUGCCUGUAAAGCUGUAGAGCUCAUCAUAUGACCCAGUCAUGGAUCACCACCACGUCCCAAAACUGUGUGUGUUUGAAGUUACGAUAUGGUCCACACUUCCCAUUGUGAAUAUUGCCACUCAUCUACCACUCACUGGCCGACGUUGAGAUCUUCAGUUGUCCAGCUUCAGUGUCCACUGUAUCCUCAGAGGUUCUGCUCACCACAGUUGUACAGAGUGGCUUUUUGAGUUACUUUCAGCACUUCCUUUCAGCACGAACCAGUCUCGCCAUUCUCCUCUGAUAAGGAGAAUCAACAUGGUGUUUCUGCCUGCAGAACUGAUGCUCCCUGGAUGGUUUUUUGCAAACUCUAGAGAGUGUUGUGCGUGAAAAUCCCAGGAGCCUAGAGUGAUAUUUGAUGUGAACAUUAACUGAAGCUCUUGACCUGUAUCGGCAUGAUUUUAUGCAUUGCAUUGCUGCCACGUGAUUGGUUGAUCGCAUAAUUGCAUGAAUGAGUAUGUUUACAGGUGUUCAAAGUGGCCAGUGAGUUUACAAGUAAAUAAUAAUAAUAAUAAAAUCCACAGCUGGAAAGUCUUUAGUUUUUCGUGCAUUUUUAUGAUUUGUGAUUAAAUUAAAUGUUUUCUUUGUGAGCUUUACUAAACAGCAGACUCUUGUUUUCUAGUAAAUAUUUUUUCUUGAAACUAUAAUUUUGCUGGAUAAAUCUGUUUUGUUUUGUUUGUUUUUUUCAAAUGAAAUUGUGACUCUGAAUAAAUUGACAAAGCCACAUUUUAUUUAAUUAAAAUAUGAUUUAAUCUGUGAAUUUACAGCCACAAGGUCGCAUGAAUGACAUUUCCUGCAGGCCUAAUGGCCAUCAGCUUGAUACUUCUGUAUAAUUCUGUUUUCUGAGUGCCAGUAGAGGGCACUGUUGGCACAGCUGGAUUUGUAACUCCUCCAUGUCCCUGGACAUACAUUUGUGUAACCAUAAUGCACAUGUGAAUUGCUUCAAAUGUCUCAAAAGUGUUAACAUUAAAGGUUUGUUCUUUUCAAGGUAUUAAA